CCUGCACCUAGGCUUGAGGCGCGCGAGGGGUAGCGCUGCUUAGUCCUCCGCAUGCAGCCGGCGGAACGCUCGCCGGCCCGCGGGCCUAGGGUCGACCCCUACGGGUUCGAACGUCCCGAAGACUUCGAUUACGCCGCCUACGAGGAGUUCCUCUCUGCCUACCUGGUGGUGCUCACCCGGAGGGCCCUGAAGUGGUCCCGGCUGCUGCAGGAGAACGGCGGCCUGAACAGGACCUCGACAGUGAAGCGCUACGUCCGGAAAGGGAUCCCGCUGGAACACCGGGCCCACGUGUGGCUGGCUGUGAGCGGAGCACAGGCCUGGAUGGAGCGGAACCCUGGCUACUACCAGCGACUGCUGCAGGGAGAAGAAGGAAAGUCUGAGUUGGAGGAAGCCAUCAGGACAGACCUGAACCGCACCUUCCCAGACAACGUGAAGUUCCGGAAGACGGCCCAGCCCUGCUUGCAGAAGGCCCUGUUCAACGUGCUGCUAGCCUAUGGGCUCCACAACCGGAGCGUGGGCUACUGCCAGGGAAUGAAUUUCAUAGCAGGAUACCUCAUCCUGAUCACAAAGAAUGAAGAGGAAUCUUUCUGGCUCUUAGAUGCUCUCAUUGGACGGAUCCUGCCUGAUUACUAUAGCCCAGCCAUGCUGGGGCUCAAGAUGGACCAGGAAGUCCUUGCAGAGCUGGUAAGGAUGAAGCUGCCAGCGGUAGCGGCCCUGCUGGACGGGCAUGGUGUGCUGUGGACCCUGGUGGUGUCCCGCUGGUUCAUCUGCCUGUUUGUAGACAUCCUGCCUGUGGAGACUGUGCUUCGCAUCUGGGACUGUUUGUUCAACGAAGGCUCCAAAAUAAUCUUCCGGGUGGCCCUGACCCUGAUUAAACAACACCAAGCAUUUAUCUUGGAAGCCACCAGUGUGCCUGACAUUUGUGACAAAUUCAAGCAGAUUACCAGCGGGAGCUUCGUGAUGGAGUGCCACACGUUCAUGCAGAAAGUAUUUUCAGAACCUGGGAGCUUGUCCAUGACGACCAUCACCAGGCUCCGUGAGAACUGCCGGGCAGCACUGCUGGCACAAAGGUGACCACGUCCCCCACAGUGUCCUUACAUUCCCAGUACUGGGAGGAGCCUUGACUGCCAGGGUAGGCCCCUGGGGAGUGUCUACUGCCUCCAUUAGUGCUGUACAAUACUUGAAGUCACUAUUCUUGUGUUUUUUUAAAAAGUGAUUUAAAAAUCACGGCAUUCUAUAGCCUUUCUGUUACUACCUAGUAAGUCCUAAGUCCCUUAAAACAGUAAUAUACAAAAUGUGAGAUAUGUGUUUCUAUUUAAUAAACUAUUCUGGCAC